AUUUUCUGGCAAACCCACAGAUCUAGGCUACAUGCACCAUUUUCACUGCUAUUAUAAUCAAGUAGCCAUGAAUACUUCCGGUUAAUUGUAGAUACAAAGAUCAAAGGCCUUUUUCAGCACCAUCGAGGAAAAUAUACAUAAUUUUGUUUGAUUAAUACCCGAGUCCAAGGAGACAGGAAAAUGGACAGCGGAGUGACAGUAAUAACCAAUCCCACGGUGAAUGUGCGCUUAACAAGCACCCUCUCCUCCUUCGAGGUGCAGCGCAGGUUCAACAGAGGGAUCAGUAUAGCAGAACUGAAGGGAAAGUUGGAGAUGAUUGUGGGUGCACCGGUCUCCUGCAUGGACCUGGAGUUAUUCAGCAUAUCUGACAAGUUCCUGCAAAAAAUGGAUGAGAAUGAAGCUCUGCUAGGAUCGUAUCCUGUGGAUGAUGACUGCAGAAUACACGUUGUUGAUAGAAGUGGCGGGCAGAUGGGCGAGUUCACUGAUGUUUCCAAAGUGGAGAAAUUUGAGCUCCCAGAUGAUGCUUAUGAUAAGAGAACAGACACAGCCAGGUCAUUUAUGAAGAAGCAACGUGUGGGUCGCUACAAUGAGGAAGAAAUGGCCAAGAAGAAGGCGGAGAAUGCUGCACGGGAAGAGGAGCAGAAGGCUGCUGCCGAUGCCAUUGCUGUUGGCAGCCGCUGCAAAGUGCAGGUCCCCGGUCAGCCCACGAAGCUUGGCACAGUCAUGUAUGUUGGAACAACAGAUUUCAAGCCGGGCUACUGGGUGGGUGUGAAGUACGAUGAACCACUGGGCAAACACAAUGGAACUGUCGAAGGGAAGCAGUACUUUGAGUGCGAGAGCAAAUACGGUGCGUUUGUGAAGCCCCUGAGUGUGACUGUGGGGGAUUUUCCUGAAGAGGACUACGGUUUAGACGAGAUGUAGGACUGCACAGUUUUCUGCCCCAACCUCGCACCUUUAUCCGUUCACCAAGCAGAGAAGAUGGCGCAUCAUGUUAGUGUGGCAAAUUAGAAUUGUUUUGCCUGUGCUUCUCUGGAAGGCAUGAUCCUAAAGCACUCUCUCAGUAACUUGACAGACUUUUGGGUUCUCGUACCAACAGGCGUUUCAUAAGGUUGGGGAUUUUUUUCUUUUUUUCUUUUUUGCAGCAAAAUGAAGGUUUCUGUUGUUUGUUCCUUACUACAAACACUUCUGUUCAAUUCAUAGCGCUUCCUGUAAUUGUACUUUAUUUUUGUUCUCAUGUUUAGUAAAUGUCAUUGUGUACAAAGAUUAUUGUAUAUAGCUGUUUAUAGUUAUCUGUAGUCUUUGCAUUUUUUUUUUGGUUUAAAGACUGACUUGCUGGUAGGAAAAAAAUCACCCAGCCACACUUUGACACUAAGAUAAAAAGCGGCAUUGUGUUACUAACUUUGUAUAAGUGAGUUAAACCCGAGAUGCUUUUUCUUCCUGUCGUUUAAGAUUCUUGCUCCCUUGCAAAUUUAAUGUCUGACUCACAAGGAUUUUGGCAGAAGAGGAAGAAACAGUAGAUCCCAUCUCACCAGAUAUAUUUUCUACUCUUUUUUUGUUGUACUUUGCAGUUAAAAAUUUCCUCAUCGACAAACCGUGCCUGAAAUUUUUGUGCCAAAGUGUGCAAGGGUCGAUAUUCUUCUUUUUUCUUUAAAAGUUAAAUUCGUUAUUUUUGUUUGGAAGUAGGAUGUGCAACAGUCCAGAUUUUAGCUUUCAGAGCAAAUAUAAAAUGUAAUUUCCAUUUAUUUUUCUGUGACAUGAUUCUCCUUGUUAAACAUUAAAUUUGUGCACUUGAAUGUAUCAUGCGUGUGUUGAACCACUGGACUAAAAGAGCUUUCACAUUUAAAAUUUGAUGAGGCUCAGUUUUACUAUUUUCUUCACUGAGCAAUCUGAAUUUACUUAAAGCUCCAGUCACACAUGCCUACAGACCGACCAGCGACCCACUGGCAACCCAAAAAUAUGACUUCGAGCAACCACUAAAUCACUGAAAUUCAACUUUUCAUUGGGUGGGUGGUUGGUGAUGGAGAAUGCAUUUUUUUCUCUAGUGACCAGUGAUUGCUCACUUAUUGCUCAGCCUGAGCUCUACUGUAUAUAAACUGGAUGUUUAAAACAAAAAUCUAAGCGUGAAUCCAAAAACUAUGAGUUUAUUCCAGUGAUUAGGUGAAACUUGUUACUCAAGUCUGAAACCUGAGAUGGAUUUUAUAUUGCAUCAAAAAAAAACAAAAACAAAAAAAACACCAACAUAUUUUCAAGUCUUUAAUUGCUGCAGUUUAAUGUAAACACAGCAUGUUAAAUUUCACAGAGAACAUCAGAAUCAGAAUACUUUAUUAGUCCCAGAGGAAAUGAUUUAAAUGUUAAUGAGUCAGCUUUGAUUCUAAACCUUUCAUUAUGUAUCGAUUCAUACUUGAGUAAACUCUGAAAUAAACCUGAUUAUGAUUACCACUUCACUUAUUGUGAAGUGUACAAAGUACCUUCAGAUGCAUUUUGAUCGUACAUACUCGAAGGCCAUCAAGUUAAAACACAAGGUAAAGCAAAAAAAAAAAAAGAACUGUCCUCAUUGUGCUCACAACACUCACUCUUGGACUGUGUUUCAAAUGGCCUUAUUUAUGCUUUGUUUUAUGUUACUGAUCAAAACCUCGUCAUGUCUUUGUCCUCUGUUGCUUAUAGAACAAAUGUAAAAGUCCUUUUAAGGAAAUGUCACACAUGGAAGAUUGUCCAUGUGUUUUCUCUCUUCCUUAAAAUCUGUGUCUAUCUGAGGUACUGGUGUUAUGUGCCAAAGCGUAAUGAUUAGAAAUGAGAAGUGUUUACCAGUACACUUAUAGCUUAUUAAAGUGAGUGAAUCUA